AUGUCUGGCGCAGUAGCCAACCAAGCUCCUGUACGGACGUUGUCGCAAACUUCUGCUGGGCCUUACUAUCAACCACAAUUCCAGAAGCAUUAUGAUCAACUCGGCAAGUACACCCUCAUGACCCCUUACCAAACAUAUCCGGGAGCUUUGUUCGAAUACGAUGCACAAGGUGGCAUGUUAGACGAAGUCGAUGGCGACGACAUGGAGGCCGACAACUUUAUUCCCAACUUCAGGCUACCAACGACUACCGCCGGUUCAAGUGGAAUGCAAGUAUCACCUCCAAUGACGACUGUAUCUGGCAGCGACCCGAUUGGACCUGCUGGGGGCAUUCAUGGCAUCGACCCAUACGAUCCGAUGUUGGAUGCCGAUCCAUUCGGUCUCACCGCAAGCAUGCAUUUUCCCAAUCCGUUCAACUUUCAACCACAGCAGCAGAGGCGAUGA